CGUUGCUGUAAUAUGCUUGUAGAAUUUUAUUUAAUUUAAAUUGUUUCCUUGAAGUGAAGUUUUGAAAGAAAGAGGGUAAAGGCCGUCAACCUAGGCGAUGCUGUCAUGUGUUCCAGGAUGUUUAAGAGCGACGUUUUGGAGCAUGACUAAUAUGUAGGAGAAGGACAUUUAGGCGUGAUUUAUGGAUACGUGUGUCAUUAUAUAUUUAACUAUUCUUUCGGUUGCAUUUUUAUGAGUUUCUACUUGUAGUAGAGUACAAUAUGGUAUAGUAAGUUACACAUAUGUCCUGAAGCAAAGGAAGACAGGACUGAGACGUUUAAGAAAUGAUAAUUUGUAAUUGACCAUAAAGUGGUGGCUCAACUUUCAGAGAAGAGCUGUGUGUUACGAAAAUUGAAGGUAAAAUGAAAAAGUGAAGUAACUUGCAUAAUCUCCAAAUACCAUAACCAGAAUGGACUCAUCAUAUUCCAGCGACAAUGGUAGGGUCAACAAGGAUGUUGACUGGGGAAGGUUUGGUCUUGGCAAACGAGAAGCAAGUUCACAACACCAACAACCAAGUGAUAGCAACAGGACUGACAGACUGCCAGGAGGAACUGAUUUUGGCUAUGAGUAUCGUUAUGGUCCAGGUGGUCACCAAGCUUCUGAAGUCAAUGAACUCUUUGCAGAAGAGCAGGGAGACAAACCAUGGUGGAAGUCACAGUUCUUUAUAUCAGAGCCAGUUCUGUUUGGAACAUGGGAUGGCGUCUUCACUUCAUGUCUGAUAAAUAUAUUCGGUGUGAUUGUGUUUCUGCGUUCAGGCUGGAUAGUGGGUCAAGCAGGUGUCCUAAAUGCAGUACUUAUUGUAUUUGCCACAGUGUCUGUGGCUCUUGUGUCAGUAUUAUCUGCUGUUGGAAUCUGUGAGAGAUGUCGUAUGGAAAGUGGGGGUGUGUACUUCUUGGUAUCUCAUGUGCUGGGUUCCAAGUUUGGAGGAGCUCUGGGACUACUCUAUGUUUUUGGGCAGGCUGUUGGAUGCGCUCUCUACGUCUUGGGAUUUGGUGAAUCUAUGGCAGGAUUAGUUGACUUAAACUCACCAUGGGCAGAACGAGGUUUUGCCAGUGCUGCAGUGCUGUUGCUUGGCGUGAUCAAUGUUGCAGGUGUCAAGUGGGUUAUAAAGCUGCAGUUCAUGUUAUUGCUUAUCCUUCUUAUGGCUGGAGGAGACUUUGUUGUUGGCAGCUUUAUCCACACAGAUAGUGAGAAUGGUUUCUCAGGGUGGAGGUCAGAAAACUUUGUUAACAAUACAUUUCCUGAUUUCCAAGAAGACAACAACUGGUUCACUGUGUUUGGAGUGUUCUUUCCAACUGUGACUGGUAUCAUGGCUGGCAUCAACAUGAGUGGUGAUCUGAAGCAUCCAUCUAGGGACAUUCCAAAUGGUACUUUGGCAGCUAUUGGCACAGGAACUUUCCUGUACCUCAUUUUUGUACUUGUUCUUGGAUCUACAUGUGAACGUGCAAAGCUUCUAACUGACUUCAUGAUAGCUGCCAAGGUAUCUGCGGUUCGCUUCCUUCUCCUGGCCGGCCUGUAUGUCUCCUCGAUGUCAAGUUGUCUGGCUGCUAUGUAUGGUACUCCUCGUGUCUUGCAGUCCAUUGCCAAUGAGAAUGUCAUCCCAGUCAUUCAAAUUCUAGGCAGAGGGCGUGGACCUAACAAAGUUCCUAUAUAUGCUAUGGCUGUAGUUGCAACAGUGACAUUGACAUUUAUUCUUGUUGGCAAGAUCAACACACUGGCACCAGUCGUUACCAUGCCAUUUCUUCUUACAUAUGCUGCUAUAGAUUAUUCAUACUUUGCACUGGCACAAACAUUUGACAUACAGUUGAGAAGAGAGGAACGAUUCAAAGCUCAGGAUUUCCAGAGCCCAACAUUUGAUACAAGUCCUCGUGGAGGUUAUGGAGCUGUGGGACAUAACCAUUCAGAAGCAGUUGAAAAGUUUGGCAAUGAUCUUGAUAAACUUUUCCCUGAAAGAACUCACCAUAAGAAACAUUGUGGAACGCAUAGCUCUGGGACAUCUAGUCUAGUGUCAUCACCAGAUGAACAUUCAAGUAUCCGAAGUGGGGAAGAAGAGGUUGGGAAGAGUCAGCAAGCGCGAGACACGCACAUUCAUUCAAAGCCAAAUAACUGGUACUCAGGGUUGUGCAACCGUUGGUUUUCCCUUGUGGGGGCCAUUGUGAAGCUACUCAUCAUGUUCUUGGUUCAUUGGGGCUAUGCUCUGGCUAAUAUUGCCGUGGUAUUCUUGGUGUGGUUCUACGUCGGACAUGCAAACCCUGCCGUCAAGCCCGGCCUAGCGUCUGAGUUCCGGUUCUUCACUUGGCUUAAGAAUGCGCUGCUCCGUUUAAUGGGUAAACGUGUACAAGAAUAUGAGCAGAUUGUGGUGACACCUAUUCAUCCAGGUGUAGAAGUAACCUCAGCUCAACUGAAUGAAGAGAAUCAAGAUUUUGCUUCUAGGAGACGCUAUCAUCAGUCAUCUACAGUCCAGGGCCAUUUUGUCAGUGUGGAUGAAGACUAGAAACUGUGAGUUUACUCACUGCUAUGCUCCCUUAUCUCUCAUCUUCUGGCCUUUUGUUUGGGGGUGGGGGGGAUUUAACGAGACAGAAAGAUCUGUUGAAGUGAGAAAAAUGAACAGCAUUGGAAAGGUGCAGUAGAUGUGAAGUGACAUUUUUUUGGAGAAACAGUGAACAUGUGAAAUGAAUUUUAGGAAUAGUUUGACAAAACAAGUAGUUCUCUGUUCAGUCUGCUCUCUGUUGAUUGUUGUUUUCUGGGCUAUAAUGCUGUGUGGUCCUGCAUUGCUUGAAGCGACAUUAUAGAGAUGUAAGUCAGAGACUGUUAGUGAUGACAAGUAGCACUAGAAAACACUAAAAAGUUCAUGUCAGUAUCACGGUUUGUGUUUGUGCUUUUUAAAGUUAAGAUUCUUCUAUUACAUUCUCUGUUAUGUUGGCUAAAGGAGAUUGAUAGUACUGGUACAGCUGUUGGGGUCAGAGUGUUAAAGAAGUCUGAUGAUAACAGACACAGAGGGUCAUUCUCUCAGUUAAGCAAGAUGGAAGCAGUACAAGACAGGGAUGGGAGACUGCUCAAAUGGUACUGUGCUCUGCGCACCAAUAGGGAGGGGGCAAUGCAUAUACUCUGAUAAAUAUAUAUGUUGACUUCAGGUCUUUCCUCCUUUUUGACCUUCACGAUGCAGACAGCAGGUUUUCAGAACGCUGAUCUUGACUCAACGUUGACACCCAAAAGGAUUUCAGUGCCAUUAUUUGCUGACCAAGUUUACUCAGAAUCCAUAAUAGGUGACACGGGUUUCCGACUCAUUGUUUUAUAGUCAUUUGUUGUCAUCCAAACCACUGCUGCCACCACUACCACCUUCAUCUUUAUCUUCCUUUUUCAGAGUUCUGUCAUUAUAGGUUUCCUUUUCCCUUACUGUACAACUGCUGAGCAUUGAAUUUCCUCCCAUCUUCUUGUAAAUCUUGUAUAAUAAUGGCUGUAUCUGUUUUCUCAGUAUGGUGUUGAGCCAACUUAUUUUCUCAGGAUUAUAUUGCCGGAAUAUUUUAUUUUCUCUGCCUAUGCAAUAUCCUCAUGUCUCUUGUUUCUCAGUUUGAUUUUGCAUCCAUUUUUGCCCAGUGAAUCAUGAAAACCUCUAGAAAUGUAUUUUUGAAGACUUCAACUGAACUUUUUCUCUCUGAUUUUAUACCCAGAUUCUGUCUCAUUAUUAUGUAUUAUGAUGUGUGUGUUUAUGAGGUAAUUUAAUAAUUUCUGAAUUCUUGUGUGUCAUAAACUUCAUACAUCUUUGUUGUUGAUCUAACUAAAAAAAUAAAACUGGCUUUUAAAUAAGAUAUUAAUUGAUACUGCACCUGGUAACCAACAUGAUAUGCUUAAAUAUAAUCGGCUAUGGCAAAGAGGAGGCUAAAGAUGGUACUGAAGUACUUCUGUUGGUCUCAAUCUUAUCUCACAUUCAAUUUAUUGCUCUUGUUAGGUUUUACCAUGACCUGUCCAUAAUGACACCUUCUGUAGAGACAGACUGCAAUCAUAAUGCCAUGCAGAAAGGUUUAUCUUCUGGUAACUGACCACUUUUCUUCAGGCUAUAUGUAAUUACUUUUCUCAAGUCGACAGUAGUGAUGUUUGAUGCUGUUGGUGGGAGGAGUUGUAACACUGUGUUUGGUGCCACUAAAUGUCAUGCUGUAUUACAGAACCGCAGAAGUAUCUCUUUACGUUGAACUCCAGUUUACUUCAUUGUUGUGGGGAAUGAUUAACAUAUUUUAUGAUUACUUCUAAAAAAAUAACAUUAUAUAUGUUUUAUGCUGUUCUGGACUGGCUCACAGAGUCAGCAAGCCAUUCUUAGUCAUGUCAUUUAUAGUUUGUAUGAGAGGUUGUUGAUCCUGUAGAAAACUGAUUAAUAUAGAAGUAAGGAAUUAUGAAAAGCCUCUGACAGACGGACCUAACAGAGCAGCGGAGGAUGGGACUGAAUGGUAGAGGAGAAUUGAGGAGGCCAUGGACCGAAUACGGACCUGAGAGCCAUAGAAGAAGAAGGAAUUAUGAUGUUGGCAACAGUAAUAAGUAAAUGUACAUGACAGCCACAUUUAUAUAUAAAAUUAUAUACAAAUCACGUAAUAUAAGUACUUUACUGCUUUUUACUUUAUUUUCAAUCAAUGAAUUAAUUGUUAAAUUCAUUCUUGGCAUGUUGACUUUUGAGACUCUUGAUGAAGUUAUCUUCAGCAUUGCCCUUUGAAAUCUGUUGUUUAUAAUGCUAAAAAUUUUGUGUAAUGUUUUUGUGCGGAAUGAAACCUGGAGCUGCUGUGUUUACUGUAGCCCUGUUAAGAUUGACUUAAUAAAAAUACAUAUCACUAACUGAAUUGUAAAUAGGAUAUUGCAAGUGGGAUGUACACAGACUACAUGAAGGCUAUAUUAAAGCCAUAUUUUUCAUAUUUACCAUAUUUAUACAUCAGUGUAAGAUGCAUUUUGAAAUAUGCGCCAGAAAUCCGUAGAAUCCUGAGCAAAAAAUAUAUAAAAUUUAAGACACAAAGAAGCUUAUUAUUGUCAUAAAGUCACUAAAGCAUUUCAUUGCUAUGUGAUUAACAGUGAGUUGAAGUUUGUAUCAUUCGUUACACAGUGUUUCUGUUGAGUUCACCUCAUCUGGAGUGAAAUUAGAUACGUUGUGUAUGACAUCAUGUCCAAUUGUAUCAGAAAUGUACCUUCACAUAUAUGUAGUAAAUAUUUUAAAAUAUUAAAUUAUGGGAGUGCCAGCCAAUAUUGAAGAAUAAAAGUAACUAAUAUAUUUAGCAUGAAUGUCUUAUGAGAUAAUUUAUAACAAUAAUUUAUUUUUUGAAAAUGUAUAUAUCUGUUUCUGAGUAAAUUAUGCAUUGUGAUUUAUA